AGAGACAUGACCCACUGUGAAAAUGUUAGCGCGAAGCAAGUUGACAUUUACAAACAUUUAGAAAUGAAUAAUAGAAAAGCACCUCAAAAGAGACAUGUUGAACCUAGCUGUUGUUAUGUGAAAAAUGUCGAUCUCAGAAUGCAGCAAACCUUUUAGGGAGCAAGGCAGACCACAUCGAUACAGCUCUGUUCUUCGCGGAAAUGUUACAGCGUUAGUUUUCCGAUCUCUUGAUCCUCGAUUGGUCUCACCAGGUACUCGUACAGAUUCAAAAUUAAACAGCGAGGCACCCAAAGAUAACUCUAACAAAGAUGGAAAUAGCUGCUUGCCAAGUAAACUUUUACAGAUAUUUAUCGAUGCAAAUAGGAAUUCGAUGAACAAGCAGCUUGUAGAAAGUCUUGAAGAAAUGAUGCUUGUUGGAUGGAUAGCCCCGUACACUUUGUUGUUGUCUGGGCCUAGUGACGAUGCAGAAGUUUUGAGAAAUGCUUGGAGACAGAGAAUAUUGAGAAAUCCAAAAGAAUUUUUGCUUAAAGAUGUUGGCUCCGUAAAAGAAUUUGUCGUUGAAUCUCUGCCUCAUUCCCAGUUUAUCUCGCUUUCAAUAGCGCUUUAUGACACCGUUGUUGAGCUUGAUCGAAAUGGGAGGUGUGCGUCACGUGAUACAAUUGUCAGGUACCUGAAAGAUGUUUAUCACAACGUUCGGAUUCCUUCUGAAGAAAUCAUCCAUACAUGUUUAGGAAAGCUUAUCGAGCAGAGAAAAAUUUACCAUGAUGGGGUAGGCUAUCGCGCACUGAUUGAUAACAGCCCAGUUCACAAAAGUCAGGUAGCUGAUCAAGCACUUGAGGAGACACGCGAAUUUCUUGCUAAGAGUUCUUUUAAAGAUUCUGGGCGCGAGAAAAGCGAUGGUGAUAGUGCCUGUCGCAGUUCGACCUCUGCGAAAGACGCAAAGAGAAGAUCAAGGAGAAGGCCAAACUUAUCGGAUGGUAGUAAAGAGGAUACUGUUAGCAAGGCACACUCGGACGAAGAUCGACACCGAUUCAACAUGUUGUUUUUAGAUCAUGUUUCACAAAUUGGUACGCCAAUGAUGUCCAAAAAAUCCUCGAGGCUAAACAAAGACGGUUCGAGGAAGAAAACCGCGCCGUCUUCGCUGGUGUGCGCAGGAAAGCCACUGUUAUUGCCUAGCAAUUAUAUGGACCACGCUGAUUUUGAUCCAGAAAUUAAAAUCAUCGACAUAUCAGAGCGCAUGUCUGUCUUGAGUCAAAACUCUAAGUCACGGCCGAAGAGUUUUCAAAAUGUUGUGAACCAAGCCGCUAUGGGGCAAAAUGGAGAUUCGUUUCAGAUUCCUGGGCAGCCUUACGAUAAACACAACCGCAGCCCGCAACCAAAACGACCUAAGCCACAUCGCAGUCGAAGUUUUACAGAGCCUUCAAAACAUCGGCCUAAACUUAGGUCUUCUAAGGCGGUGGACAAAGUUGAUUUCCCGCUUAGACGGGUAAUGGGAACGGAAGAGCUACGUGUUGCAAGCAAGCGGGAUCGUGAUACAAAAUCUAAGAAGAAAAAUGAAAUGAUUGUGGUAGAAAGUGCAUCAAACGGUAAAAGUAGGGACCCAAAAGGAAAGGAGAGAGCAUCAGGUCAAUAUGACACUGGUGCCCUAGAACAUAAACUGAAAAUCUCUUCUGAAGGAGUUCAAAAUGAGACGAUAUUGGAACAAUACGACAUCGUUGUCCAUGAUAAAAGCAACGGACAUCAUUCGAAAAACUGGAAAAUCAAUUCUGACACGGUGUCGAUCACCAAUGCGUCGGAGGCUCCGUCCAUAGCGUUUAGCUCGGACACCCAGUCAUUUGCUUAUACUUCGGACACUUCUUCACCUUUGCAAAUCAAGAAACGAAAAGACAUUUCUUGCAAUCACACAAACAACAAUAGUAAUACAACGCAUAGUAAUGGCCUAACCUGCAUGUGUUUGACAGGAAAAAUUGAAAAUAGUGUAAAAGCCAAUGGUUCUGAUAAAAACUCUGAGAAAGAUGACACGAAUGCUGUAACUAAUGAGGAUGACAGUAUAUUUGAUUACGUAGACAGUGAGCACGAUGCAUAUGAAUACAAUCGUGUGAGGAGGAUUUCGAAAUACAUGCAGAGGACUGUUUAGAAAUUAAUCGUGCAAUUUAAGUUACAAUGUAAAGACUCAAUUCGUCGCUGUCUUUUUCCAUUCCGACAUGCAGCUCGGUAUCUAAACUUCGCCAAGAAAAUAUCAGUGAAACACCAGAAUCAAAGAACUAAAAUGGAAACUAGGCCUUACGGUGUUAUUUUAGAAUACAAUAGCAGAAUCCAAUGCAAUGAAAUGAUGGGGUUUAAUUUCAAUGAGAUAAAUUUUCUUUUAAAUAGGUGAUUUCUUAUUUUGAAGAUCAUUAAGUAACGCUCCAUGAGAUCUUUCAGUGAUGUUCUUGUAUAAAACGGGAUAUCUUUUAUAUAUUUUUCAGCAGGGGGGAGGAGGGGUUGUUAUUUGUUAUAUGUAUAUUCAAGCCAAUCAUUCCCUAUUCGAAAGACAUGUUAUGUUCCAACUUCUAUUGUUGGCAUUUGGUUGCAACUCGUUUGGUAGUGAUUCAGUAAUUUAGACCAACAACUCUUUCUCUAGGGUUCUUCCGCUCCCAAGUGCAGAAACCAACUAGAUUUUAUCCAAGAAUAGACACAAUUUCUUCAAAUAAAGAUUCUUUCAUUCAUUAAUUCAUUUACAGAUGCACAUCUUCUACUUUGAUGGGGAGGCGAAAAAUAGAAAGUUUUUCAAUUGAGCGAGGCAACCCCUCUUUUUGAGUCUAAGAGCAUGUCCUUUGAACUAAAUAAGUAUUACACUUGUUCUUUGAUAACAAAGCGGGGGGUAGGGAGCUCCUUCAUGCAUUAGAAGACUCUCGCUCGUUCGUCUCCCCAACGAAAGUGUCAGUAAUUGUCAUUGCUUACUGCUAGCCAUCACUGUAUUUUCAGUAUGCUACAAGUGUUGUUAUUUUGACGUCAUUUCCUUUCCAUUCCCUAUUCUGUAUCACGGCCCAUUCAAAGUAACUUUAAUUCCCUCCCUCCUACGUUUUUUUAAACAGAAUCGAAUGUCAAGUUAAACAGACUUAUUUAUAAAGUUUUUAUUGUAUUUAUUAGCUAAGUGGCUGCCUGCUAGCGGUAUUUAAUAUUCAAAAGUUUUGAAAAAAGCAUAUGACCAUC